AUGACCACAUUCCAAUGCCCCAAUGGAUUUUAUAUGUCCAAAUUUAACUCCGCUCACGACGGAUCGGAAAGAUUGUACAAGUUUGGGUGUUCAAAAUUUAGUUCCAAAAUAAUGGUAAGAUUUUACAUUAUUUACUGUCGGAAUCUAUGUAGAAGAUAAUUGUAGCUGUGCUGUCGCUCUUGACUUUAGUUCGAAUUAAUUUUUCAGAGUUUCGACGAAGAAUGCACAACAACGGAGUCCGCCUCCACAGCCAAUGGAGACAUGUAUUUGAGCUGCGGAAGUGACCAAUACACAGUGGGAGUUGAGAUAAUUGAAGACGUCAAGACAGGGAUCGAUUCAUGGCAAUUGUUGUGCUGUCGAAGUGACUCUGUUAAACUCCGGAUCGGGGAUUGCAUUGACACCAAGUUCAUCAACGAUCACCGACGAGCUUCAUCCUUCAGUUCUUCCGCUCAAAUCAUUCGGAAAUGGCAGGCGAUGAGUGAGAAUGGGUAAGUGAUGGGGAUAACUGGAUAAUCGAGAGAUAAAAAACAUUUUGUUUGAUGAGAGUUUUAAUUUUCAGCGAUCGCCGAUGGUGGCUUCAGAUCUGCCCGGUUGAUGUGCAAUUAAAAAAGCCGGCCAAUGUGGGAGAAAUCAGAGCCAGAAGGCAGGUGCCGUGGGAAUGGCAGAGGGGACGAUUCCCUGCGGAUAUUCAGGUAAAAAAUUUGGCUAAAAAACAAUAAGAGUUUGUAAGAACUAGUGGUUAGAAUUCUUAUUUUAAAAUUUCUGAAGUUAUAAAGAAGCCUUUGCAAUAUGAAAAUACGAUUCAUAGGUCCCAAAAAAUCUAAUAAUCCUUUUGUUUUAGGCUUACAACCCUCUGUUCAUGGAUCAAAUCAAGCGAGAUGAGGAGGAACGAAAAAAAAUGUUCGAAAAUUUUGUCCAAAAUGGACAAAACGCUCCUCCCCUUUUCGGAGCUAGAAUUGAAGCUAGUCCAAUCCUCCCUCCAGUUAACAAUAAUGUCCUUCCAACAUUCCCACCUUUAGGGCUUCCACCAACAAUAUUUGAUUUCCCGGGAACUCCUAGAAGUACAGCGACACCACCUAUUUCUGCGCCAACUUAUGUACGUUUCGUUAGAAAUAUUGUACUUUUGUUGGUAUUACGGUAGUAUCAAUUCAAUUUCAGCAAAGCGAGCGGUCGUUAGUUGCGAAAUCCACAACAACAACCACAACAACACAAUCGGCGCUAGAAGCCCUCGAUUACUAUGACAUGUAUGACGAGCAUUUCGAUAAAAAGAAGCAUACGGAAGGCGGAAUUCUCAGAGGGGUUUCCGAUUUGCUUCAGAAUUUACAGGUAAACAUAUAAAUAAAAGGAAAGCAAUGAGUUUUUACUUUUAGGAUGGUCUUACACUUGCUCAAGUUGCUUUUCCUCAACAUGAUAGUAGGAAUGUGCAAGUGCAACAGACAACAAAACCACCUCCAACAUUUAUGUUCGCAAAUGAUGAGGACAGCCUACAGAUUGGAUCUUUCGUUCAGCAAAUGGACCAGUAGGUUUUUUUUUUAAAUUUUAAAGUCAGUUGUAGUAGUUGUUCAAUGUCUUUAAAAAAGCUGUGAAAAAAGUUUUUACAGUAAUCUGACUUGAAUAAUGUAUCGGCAAUUGAAACUUUAGAGGCACUCAGUAGACAGCUAGCUAAAUAGAGGUACUCUGACAAUGUCGUGUACAUAUAGAAACAUUCUUAAACGGCGUUGUAUCUUAGAGUAGAGUUAUUAAUUUACCCUAUCAUUCUUCAGACGACCCGGUCCGUUUCCCCGACCACCCGCCUCGACCCAGCCUCCUCCACAGCCUCCCAAAGUGAAUGCCAUCGAGAAUAUGCUGCAGAUGGUCGGUCUGUGUAAUGGGCAUUAG